AUGAGCCAGUUUCUCGCGCCCCAAAUCGUCUUCCUCAAAGAUGGUACCGAUACAAGCCAGGGUCUCGGUCAGCUCGUAUCCAACAUGAACGCCUGCCAGGUCAUCGUCGAAAUCCUACGCACCACACUGGGUCCGCGCGGUCUCGACAAGCUCAUCGACGAAGGCAGCGGCAAAGUCACCAUCUCCAACGACGGCGCCACCAUUAUGAAGCUGCUCAACAUUGUCCAUCCUGCUGCUCGCACCUUAGUCGACAUCGCGAAGUCCCAGGACGCGGAAGUUGGCGACGGCACCACCUCGGUUGCCCUUCUGGCCGGAGAAAUGCUCAAGAACUGCAAGGAUUAUGUCCAGGACGGCUUGCAUCCGCGCACCAUUAUUCGCGCCUAUCGGAAGGCUUCCGACCUGGCCAUCGAGCAUUUGCGCGAGAUUGCCGUCGACAUUCAUGGCAAGGAUGCCAAGGAUACCAGGAGGUUGUUGCAGCGAUGCGCGUCAACCUCACUGAACUCUAAGCUAAUCGCUCAUCACAAGGAGUUUUUCUCCAGCAUCGUCACUGAUGCGGUCUUGUCGCUCGACGAAGAUCUCGAUUUGUCCAUGAUCGGAAUCAAAAAGGUACGGGGCGGAUCUACCACCGAUUCCCAGCUGGUAAAGGGCGUUGCUUUCAAGAAGACGUUUUCGUACGCCGGUUUCGAGCAACAGCCCAAGGAAUUUACGAACCCCAAAGUUAUCAUGCUCAACAUUGAACUCGAGUUGAAGUCGGAGAAGGAGAACGCUGAAGUCCGUGAUAUGAACCGCGUAUCCCGCGCUGUCGGGGGUGUCGUACAGACUACGAUGAACAGUGUUGCCGAAUCCGACUAUGACACGAUUCUCGGCACGUGUGAUCGGUUUGAGGAAGUGCAAAUUGGUAAUGAGCGGUAUAACAUGUUCACCGGAUGUGCAAAGGCCAAAACAGCCACAAUUAUCGUUCGCGGAGGAUCAGAGCAGUUCAUGGCGGAAACAGAGCGAUCCCUUCAUGAUUCGAUAAUGAUUGCACGCCGGACGAUCAAGCAUGCAACUGCUGUUGCGGGAGGUGGUGCAGUCGAAAUGGAGUUGAGUCGUCACCUGCGCGAAUUUGCUAUGAAAGUGCAUGGCAAAGAGCAAUUGAUCCUUCUCGCGUUUGCAAAAUCACUCGAAGUGAUUCCGCGCACGCUCUGCGAUAACGCCGGAUUCGAUUCCACAGACGUUUUGAACAAGUUGCGCGCCAAACACGCCACCGCCGAUGGCAAGUGGUAUGGUGUUGACAUUGAAGAAGCAGGAAUCUGCAACACAUGGGAAUCAUUUGUCUGGGAGCCUGCCGUUGUCAAGAUUAACGCAAUUGGCGCUGCUUCUGAGGCGGCAUGCAUGAUUUUAUCAGUAGAUGAAACUGUGGAGAACCCAAAGAGUGAGGCACAAGCCGGUGGUGGAGGAGGAGGGGGCGUUCGAAAGUUUAAGGGUCGUGGGGGGCGCUAA